UCCAUUGCCACUUCCCUCCCACAAAUAGACUAAUAGAGCCAGUUUUCUUUUCCAGCGAAGCACCGCGCAAUCCUCUCCUUCCCAUCUCCUUCCCCAACCUCUCUCCUCCAACUCCAAUCCGACCCCUCCGCCGAUCUCCCGAUGCGCAACUCCGCCGCCGCCCAACCCCAGCCUCCCGCCGCCGCUGCCAUGUACGGCGCUGUCUACGCCGCGCCCGCCUCUUCCGGCAGCGGCGGAGCCGGCGGAUACGUCUACCCCGCGCCCACCUCUUCCGCCGGCGGCGGAGGCUACGCCAAGAUCCCCACAUACCCCGCGCCCCCGUCGUCCUACCCCAACCCCGCACCCCUCCCGCCACAGGCGCCGGCGCCGGCCCCGAUCCACGACCCCACGGCGCCGCCCUCCCCGCUCGCCAAGGCGGCCGAGCUCGUCACGCGGUUCCGCGAGCAGGGCCAGGCGCUCAUCGCGGCGCGCCGGCCCUGGGCCGAGGUCUUCCGCGCGCCGGCCUUCUCCAAGCCUCCUUCCCUCGGCGAAGCCCUCGCCAGGGUGCGCCGCAACGCGGCCUACUUCCGCGCCAACUACGCGCUCACCUUGCUCGCCGUCGUCGCCGCCUCGCUCCUCUGGCAUCCGGGCACGCUCUUCGCGCUCCUCGCGCUCUGCGCCGCCUGGUUCUUCCUCUACUUCGCGCGCCCCGCCCAUGGGGGCCAGCCGCUCAGGAUCCUCGGGACGGAGUUCGACGACGGCACCGUACUCGCCGCGCUCUGCGGGGUUACCGUCGUCGCCAUGCUCUUCACCGACGUGGGGUGGAACGUCAUUGGGUCCGCCAUGAUCGGCGGCGCCCUGGUCGGCGCGCACGCCGCGCUACGGUCCACGGACGACCUCUUUUUGACGGAGCAGGAGGCAGCCGGGGACGGACUGGUGGCCGCCGGCAUUAGCGCCGCUGGGCCCAUCCUGCCCACCUAUGUCCGCAUUGGUUGAUCGCUGUGAUGGUCGUGGUAUGAUGAUGGUUUCCAAGAUGCAAACUUUAUACAACAUUGCUUGCAAGUGAAUUUUCUCUGUAAUUACCCGACUUAUCAGUUGGAUUUGAUCACGAUGCUUUGCAUAGUAUCUAUUGGUUAUUUUGUGGGCAUGUAAAAAUACUGGUAGCCUGGUUUUUCGUCUUAGAUUUGUGAUGAAUUGCGUGCAAUCAUAGUAUGAACAUAUUAUUUCAUAGCUGUGUUGAGUUGGAAAUUGGUAUGGUGGUGGUGUUCAUAUAUAAAGCUGUGGUUAUAUUUCA